AUAUUCUCUUAAUAUAAAAAGAAACAGAAAUAUAUCUGUUUUCUGCUUUAAUUUUUAACAUGGAUCCCCGGUUGGUAUCGUGUUUUGUUCUUUUAUUGACUGCGAUCGUCUGCCAGGCCAAGAUUAUACGCAAUUCGAAAUCAGACAGGAAUGUAUUUCGAAGAUUUGCAGAAGAGGCUCGAGAAGAUGACGAUCCACAAUGCAUUGUAGCAGAAGAACAGCACCCGGAGUUCAGAUAUUUCACUCCUAAAAAACUGGAUGGCACUAUCAUAAGCAAUAGACACUUUACGGACUUUGAGGCUGUAAUCAAGAGCACCAUAAAUUUGGAAGUUCAAACUGUUUUCAUAUUGCACGGCUAUCUAGGUGGAAAUGCUCAAUGGCCUAUUGAUAUAAAGAAUGCGUUGAUUGAGAAGGAGAAAUGUAACGUCUUUAUAGUAGACUGGUCGGGAUUGGAUGGAAAAUGGUAUGGUACAGCCAUGGACAACAUGCGUAGAGUGGGUGAAGAGGUCGGCGUAUUUAUAAAAAGGCUAAAGGGCUUGAUUUCUGGCUUCGAUCCAAAAAAGGUACACAUAGUCGGACACAGUUUAGGUGCCCAUGCCUCAGGUUAUGCUGGAAAAUGGGUCAAAGAUCAAGGAUUCAAAGUUGGGCGAAUAACAGGUUUGGAUCCAGCCGGUCCAGAUUUCAAUGAACUGACCGCCUGUCAGAGAUUGGAUCGAAGUGAUGCUGACUUCGUAGAUGUCAUCCACACCAACUGGGCUGGAAAAUUUUGGGGAUCUGUGUCAGGUUUUGGACUUGAGCAACAAGUGGGCCAUUUCGACUUUUAUCCGAACGGUGGCGAGGAUCAACCUGGAUGCAAAACUGCAGGACAAGCAGAAUUAGAUAUUGCACUUGAUCUCUAUUCAUAUCUCGUUCCUGCAGAAGUGCUUAGGAAAAUUUUUGCGGGAGGAUUUGAUGAGACUAAAGCAAAACUUAUGAGCCUGGCCUGCAGCCACAGUCGAGCACACGAGUACUUCUAUUGGAGCAUCAAGGACAAAGACAACGGCUGUCGUUUCUCCGCAGACGAAUGUUCAUCGUGGGAAAAGUACAACAAAGGGGAGUGCGCAACACCAUCAGAAAAACUCCCAAAAAUGCAGAUGGGCUAUUACUCCUACAAAUACAAACAACACAUACAGCAACAGCGCCAAUGGAAGUUCUAUUUGCGGUCCACAUCAUCGGCUCCUUACUGUGAGAAAUGAAACUAUUUCGCCAAAUGAUCUCUUUUUACAAACAGAUUAAAAUGGAUACUAAUAUGGAUUGCUAAAUACAAUUCUCUUUUGUAUUUUUCGUCGUAAUAAAGAGUUUCUCACCAAUGUUAUUC